AUGAAGUUACCUUUCAAAUAUACGCGGUCACAGCUAGAAAUCUUUAGAUUCUCUUUCUGUUUGUUGGCACCAGUCGCUGUGAUGUACUAUAUUGGUACUGAUACCGAUAAGAAACUGAAUGUUCCAGGGUUUUGGCCAGAUCCAGAGACUCUAAAUAAGAUUCCCAAGGAGUCGUACGAGAUAAAAGCUGAGUUGGCAAGAAUGAAGAAAGAAAGACUCGAGAAAAGACUAAGGCUGGAGAAAAAGUUACAGGAGGAGCUGGGUAUUGAUAUAGAGGCAGAAAAGGCCAAGAUAAAAGAAGAGCUAAAGCUGAGAAGUAAAUCAUCGUAG